AUCUUUACUCAGGGUUCCUAACCCGUUUGAGUUCUUUGGAUUGGCAUAACUAGGUGGCAGGCACAUUUAGGGUGGCUGUUUUCUCACUACUACCUACAUAGUAUUCAAGCAAGAACAGGCCAACCAUUUUCCUGGUUCUAACUCUCCCUAAAUAGCUACUAGCUUCAUCCACUGUCCCGUCAAAUCUUUGGACAGGUUGCAGCAAACAUGGAUAGCAAAGAACCUCUGGAGGCGCCUCCUCCUUAUACCGCUGUUCCAACUAAUUCUGGCCCCCUAGAUGAGUUGCAGUUAAAUUCCCUAUCUUCUCAUCUUCAACGUCAUAUUACGUCCCUUCCAGAUCGCAUCCGGGCAACGCAACAAGCGCGGAGAGUCGAACAGUCAUUUAGUGAUGCAUCCCUGCUAGACCAAAUUGUCCCCGUCCUCGAAGAGUUCCUGGUCGACUUAGAGGCUCGACAUACUCCCAUUCCGCUAGCGACCCUUACUUUAGUCCCGGGUGCCGCAGUUCCUAAGAAUGCCAUUCUUAGCGGGUUAGAAGACAUGCAGCGACGCGGGGAGAUUUGUCGCGUAUCCAGAAUUUCUAUAGAAAGCCCUAGUAAGGACUCUAAGUCUGGCUCUGGUACGCUUAGUUCCCCGGAGAUCAGCGAAAACCCGAGCUGGGCCUCUGGACAAGGAUUUAGUGAUUGGGGACGAUUUGAUGAGCCUAGUUCUUCGUUAGAUGGUGCCGCCGAAAAGAUUAAAUCACUCUGGUGGCGUGAUGAGGAGAUGGCACGCCGCCUCGCCAAUUACCUACAGCCUAAAAAAGAGAAAAAUCCAGAAGUGAAGCUUAACUCGGUAGUUCAGACUGUGGUUGAGCAAAGGCUACCACCGAAGAAGGAGAAGAAAAGCUGGUUCUGGGGGAAACGCGCAAGUGAACAAAAGUCGCCAGAACCAACAGUACUAAACCCCUCACGAAUUGAUGCUGCGAAGGACGAUAUACAGGAAGAGCAAGAGAAACGGGAGGCUAGCAUGACAGUUACAGCUCAGGAGAUUACGUUCCGCCAGGAGAAUGAUCUCGGAAUAUGGGAGAGUGUCCGUGGAUGGGGUAUCGUCGUUGCAGUUAAGGUCAGAACUUGAUAGCUCUACAUUGAUGUGCUAAUUAAUUGGUGUACAAAAAGACCACAUUGGUGGAAAUAUAUAGGUACCUACCUACCUAUAUGCAAUUAUUUUACACCCUCUACGACAUGUUUGUAGCAAGCUAUAGAUGCGGUCAUCUUAACCCGAGUUUCGGGGGGGGUUAUAACAUCUUCAUUAGUGUAUAUUUCAUAUACAUACCGAUUGUAUGCCUUCCAGUUGUUUCUACAUUAUUUUAGUAGUUAAGAAACUGGCCCGAGUAAUGCCUAGUAUCUAAUAUAGGUUAUCAGAGACCUCCUACUAGGGGACAAUAUUACUAAUAAC